CGCCGCCUCUUCCGCCGUUCCCCCGCCGGCGAGCCCGGACCCGCUCCCGGUGCAGCCCCAGCGCCUGGCGUCGCGGCGCUCGCCGGUGGCCGGGAGCCGCCCGCACCCCGCCGCCAUGAACAUCCGCAACGCGAGGCCCGAGGACCUGAUGAACAUGCAGCACUGUAACCUGCUGUGCCUGCCCGAGAACUACCAGAUGAAGUACUACUUCUACCACGGCCUCUCCUGGCCCCAGCUCUCCUACAUCGCGGAGGACGAGAACGGCAAGAUCGUGGGCUACGUGCUGGCCAAAAUGGAAGAGGACCCGGAUGACGUGCCCCACGGACACAUCACCUCCCUGGCCGUGAAGCGUUCCCACCGGCGCCUUGGCCUGGCCCAGAAGCUGAUGGACCAGGCCUCGCGGGCCAUGAUAGAGAACUUCAACGCCAAAUAUGUGUCUCUGCACGUCAGGAAGAGCAACCGGGCCGCUCUGCACCUCUAUUCCAACACCCUCAACUUUCAGAUCAGCGAGGUGGAGCCUAAGUACUACGCCGAUGGGGAAGAUGCGUACGCCAUGAAGCGGGACCUCACUCAGAUGGCCGACGAGCUGAGGCGGCACCUGGAGCUGAAGGAGAAGGGCAGGCAUGUGAUGCUGGGCUCCACUGAGAACAAGGUGGAGGGCAAGGCCAUCCUGCUUCCGGGCACUGGAGAGGCCUCUCGGGAGGAAAAGGGCCUGGCUGCAGAGGAGACCGGGGGUGACAGCAAAGACCUCAGCGAGGUCAGCGAGACCACAGAGAGCACGGAUGUCAAGGAUAGCUCAGAGGCUUCCGACUUGGCCUCCUAGAGCUGCCUCGCCCCGCCCCGUGCCCACCUCACCCCUUGCCGCCCUCGCCCCGCAUCCUGGUCCCCUCCUGCCUCGCCCCAGGAGCUUUCACAAUAAAUGCCAUUUAGUGGUGGGA